GCCAAACGACACAGUCACUGACACGAACGUCAACCGAUGGACGCACAGUCUGGUGCCCCGUUGGACGAGCAGCUACGCCAGCAGUACGACGCGCUCUUGGCUGGCGACCCCAUCACCGCCGACUAUGAGCGCUGGCGUGAGCUCAAGCGGCUCGUGAUUGUGCACGGCUUGCCACGGGACGAGGGAUUCGCUACCGACAUCGAAGGCUCCAAUGCUAGUCUGUGCUCUUUGCGAGGACGAGUGUGGAAGGCCUUCUUAGGGGUGGAAAACGACGUGGAUAUGACGAAGUAUGCGGCGCUUGUGGGCAGAGGAGCGUCGCAUUACGACGGCGACAUCCGCAAUGACACUUUUCGCACUUUUCGAGGAGAUUUGGAAUUUGCCCAGCGUGUGCCAGAAGAGAAACUGGUGCGACUGUUGAACGUUUUUAUCAAUGAAUUGGGGUCGAGUCCUGGGGAGGAGAAACAGGAAGACGGUGACAAUGCUCGAAAUGGCAACUUGCCGUCGAUCAGGUGGGUGGCAUUUGCUUUUUGGCAGAAUAAUGUUUUUUUUUUUUUUAACAAAGUUGGACGGAGUAGAUAUGUGCAAGGAAUGAAUGUGCUGUGUGCGCCGCUGUUGUAUGUGUUGCCGGAGCCGGAUGCCUACCACACUUUUUGUCAAUUGAUAGUGCGACAUUGUCCUCAUUACAUGGCUCCACAGCUGAAAGGCGUCGAGAAAGGUUGCGCAUUGGUGGAUAAAUGUCUUCAAACGCUGGAUCCAGAUUUAUAUCAACAUUUGUCUUCACGUGGCAUCACGGCGAGAAUAUACGCUCUUCCACUCAUCUUGAGUUUGUUCGCUUGCGUCCCGCCACUCCAUGAACUUCUUCGAGUCUGGGAUGUGCUGUUUGCAGUGGGCGUUCAUUUUGUCGUAGUGCUAGCUGUAGCGCAUACGGUGCUACUUCGCGAACAAUUGUUAAAGAUGGACAUGGACUUGAUGAAAGUCCUUAGUCUUCGAUGUGCGCCGCCUUUGCAAUCGGAUCUGCUUAUUUCAGUUGCUUUGCAGUUGCUUCACCGCCUACCGGAGGAUCUGUUGUACGAGAUCGCUCGCCAUCCAUUUGAGAAUCCAGACGCACCAACGAGUCUGCCAUUCCACCCAAAGACAAUUUCAGCCAUUGCGACUCAGGUCCGGAAACAACAAGAGCAACAAACUAGCCCUGUUCGUACUCCACGUUCAUCGUCACGAGGGCAAACGGCGAAAGAUAAACCAGUAGCGAAGCCCGGCACACCUCGUCAAACUUCCUGUUCAUCCUCUUCCACAGGAUCAGGACGUGCUCGUCCGCCUUGGAAAAUUUGAAAUAUUGUGAGAGUUUUUUUUUGUAUUGGUUAAAUGAAGUAUCUCGCAAUUGUAAAAUUGAAUCACAAAUUUGCCAAGUUUCCUUCCAUCGGCUCUAGGGACGACUUGUCCAUCUAUCGACGGCCGUGUCGGAAUUUGGGGCGUGCAGCUUUGCGUUCGGCCUUCUCUUUCUUCUUCAAGGCAGCAGGGUCGUCCUCGUCCGUCGGGUCUGGUGUGAAGACGUAGUUAAGCAACAUGCGACCGCCAUGGUACAGCAAGUAGCCGGGAAUGACGAGGUACAGAAGCCAGAAGUAGCUGGAGAUCAGGAGUCCGGCUUGCACGAAGAGCGUGAUGAUCAGAACGUCCAUCGCGUAUCUAACGUGGACGUCAGAGGACGUGGCAGAAGGUAAGUAACUCGUGUAUCAACUACCAGAGGUUCCAGAGUACGUACUCGCUACUGCCUCCUUCUUCAGCUGCACCGACGACCCAUGAGUAACUGAGGUAGGUGGACAAUGACAGGAAGGCGUAACCCACGAGCGUCCACGUGGUCACCGAGCUGUAGUGCCACACGAUGCAGUACAGGAAGUAAAGCACAUUGAUGGGCACGAUCCACUGCUGCAGCCGCGAGCUGAGUGACGCGCUGGCGCGCUGCGCCUUCUUGGCUGCCUGGUUGGCCUGGGAGGAGAGGAGGAUCGUUAGCGCAUGAGCAGAGAUGCUGGUGGACACUUUGACCGAUGCCGUACCAUUUUAACAGUGCUUUAGUAGAAAAGUUAUUUUCUAAACUG